AUGAUGUCAUCGCAUGACUGUGUUUUUAUGAAUGAAAAGAAUCCUGUGAGUGAGUAAUUCCAGGAAACUCAUAUUACAACUCAGCAGAUCGCAGCGCAGAGCCCAGCUCAGCCCUUCUCCUCGGAAAACAACAACUUCGUUUACAGAAAUAAACAAGGAGAUUUGGAGAGCCGAAUCGGCGAGAAAAACGCGGGGGCUCCCCAAGGAAGGCGAGAAGGGAAAGAGAAGGGCAGCGAACAAAAGGCGGACUCGGGGCGUUCGGGCGAAGUAAGUGGACGGCGCGUUUGCAACUCUGUAGUAGGGAAACUUAGAGACGUCAGAGGACGAGGCGGGGGGGCUCUUUCUGCUUCUGGGCGCCCGGGCGCCUUCCUCGCCGGGGCUCCGGGGCGCCUUGCGCACACCGCGGGCGCACCGAGGCUGACGGCUGGGCGGAAAACCGCGUUCCGUGGCUUUAUUUUCGGUGGCGAGGAGUGGCUGCUGGUGUCGAUUUCCUCCAGGACACGAGAGCGAGAGCCAUUAUCCACUCGCGAGGCUCUUUUAGGCAGCGUUUUCUGCCCACGAGCUUAGUUUUCGUCUGUGGGGGUAUGGAUAGGAGCCCGAUCCAAGAAGGAUGUGGGCUCCCCCCUUUUCUGGGUCUCCGUCUUCGAUCCACGCAGUUGCGAGGGAGCCGAGACAGCUGCAAAAAGGCAGGAAAUCGCUUAAUAACAUUGGAGUUACUCAUAGUUCAUAUUAACCAUGUGUAUGCACGUGCUGCGGCCUUGGUCACAUGUAAAGAUGUCUGUCUGGCACGGACGUGAUCUGGGAUCUGAUGGUGGGUUUCGGGGUGGCAGGGCGGUCUCCGCCAGAAAAUCCUCUGGUUAUGUGUAGGUCUGACUUCUGUUUUAGGGUUGUUUACUCUCUCCCCCCCCCCACGCCCCCACGCCAUACCGCGUAGUUAAAAAAAAGCCAGUUAUUAUUUUCAGAGAACGGCGUAUUGGCUUUGGCGGGCCGGGGGAGACGUGUAGAGGAGGAGGGAUUCCCCAAGCAGGUUCCCUGACCCUCCGGAAGGGGGCUGGGAGUCUGGUGACAAGAGGUCAAGGAAUGGGAACACGGAGGGGGGCUUUGGGAAACUUCACAGGAGAGUUUCCAGGUCAGCAUUUUUUAAGGACAAAAAUAAAACGGGAGUACUGUACUCUGGUCUGGAGCAGUGCUGUGUGAAUGUUCUCUCUAAAAUAAGGCUGGGUGGCUGUGAGUAUCCUUUAUGCCUGGGGAGUCCUGACUAACUAUUUGGGAUCAGGAAGGAAUCCCCCCUCCCUCGAAAACUGCCGAGAUAUAUAUAUAGAGAGAGAGAGAUCACAAAGGAGAAACCUGUGGCCUUCCAGAUUUUUAAAGGACUCUUAACUCCAGUUCCUAUCCACACCAACGGUUAGGGAUGAUCAAGGUUUUUCCAACAACGGCUGGAGGGCUGCAGGUAUGUAAAAUAUGAUAUAAAACAUUGCCAGUUGUUUGAAAGCAACAAAAUGAGCAUCUGUUACAAAGCUCAAACAAUGGGGGGGGGGAGAGAGAGCAGAAGCAAAACAGCCCUGUCAAUUUUAAGAAUAAUUUUGGAACCCAAGAGGCUGCAAGAGAAUAAUGUGGUUUUCGCCCAGUGCCUCAACAAUGCCAGAGUAGGUGGCAGGUGGGCACCAGGAAACCUGUCUUGCAAGCUACACCUACUGAUAUUCCAUCUUCUAUGCAACUGUGAAAGAAGCAGGAGUCACUGCCCCCUGUUGCAUCUGGCCACCCUACUAGCAUCUAGCAUGAGCUUGAGAGUAACCAGUUCUCUAUUAUUUGACACUACCCACUUUAUAUUAUUUGACUAGUAAUUUGAUUCUCUUUGGGCAUUUUCUUAAAAAUAUUAUUUUUAAUCUGUAUCCCAUUGUGUAGUCUUGCCACACACUGCAGAAAAGACCUACCUGAGCCUGUCCAGCCGAAACAGCUACAAUUUUUCCAGUGAGUUGGGUGGUGGCUGUACAUGUAGGUGACAGAUAAAACGCUUCAGAGAAAGAAAAGAGAAUAGAAGGUAAAGGGGGCAGUUGAAAGAAGAGGGGAAAACUGUAGGUUGAAAGGCAAAGGUUACCCAAUAGAUAUCAUAGUUAGGAAAAUUACUAAAUCCAGGGGGUGAGAAAACAGGCAAAGAUCUCAAAAGAUAACGAUCACUUGUGAGAAAACUGUAAAAACAAGUGAGUCCUGCACUGAAGAGGGUUGGGCUAGAUUACUCGUGGGGUCUCUUCCAACUCUACAAUUCUUUGAUUCUUUGUAAUGUAUUGUUUCAGUUUUCUUAAGCGAUGAUACAGUAAACAACAAAAUAGACCACCUCCCUCCAGGCAGGCAACAAAAAUAAUGAUAAUUCCCUGGCUGCUAAUUUUUAUUUUGAUUCAUUUAGUAUAAAAACAGGAAAACAACAUCAUUCAAGGCACGUAGUCAAUGGUCAGUUGUUUGGCACAUUCAAGUUCAGGGACUCACAGGUCAGAAUUUCUAAGUCUGUAAGGUGCUUUUAAAUAAUAAUAAUGAUAAUAAUAAUAAUGUUAUUUAUACCUCGCCCAUCAGGGUAUACAAAGUUACCCACUGUAAACAUAGUGCACAUAUUUAACAUAUAAGUGGAAAACUGUAUUUUCUGCUUUUUAUAAAGAGGGUGUGAUGUUUCUAUAUGAAUGCCUGCAUAGUAUAAUUUUUUUUAAAUGAAUAUCGAAGAGUAAGUAAGAAUAACAAUAUUUUGGGAGCCCAAUUAGCUGUUGCGGUUUUCACAGAAACUUUUGCCACGGACAAGUACUCUGUGGUUCCAUCUCUGGCCUGCUAUAAACUCUUUGAUGCAUGUUUAUGGCUUCUGAGGAAUGUAAUUCUCCAACUAAUGGCUUGGUCCACAGGCUAGUUAUUGCUCUGCUUAGGAAAUUCUUUCAUUAGGCCUACAUUUAGUAAUGCUUUCUGUGCACAGAAAAUCUGGUGCUUGUUGUUUCUGAAGAUAACGUGUGCUGCAGCAGAACUUUGCUAACCUUUUCCUCAGCUACUUUCAAGGUUGGCCAACCCUCUGAAAGCCCCCCAAGCCAACGCUGGUCACACCAAAAGUAACUGUGACCUCUGAACGUGUCCUCCUGCAUGCAUACACAGAUCACAUGCAGCUACACUGCAGCAGGUUUCUCUCAAAUGCAGGUGGGAAGAGUCCAGGCGAGCUAGAAAGAGCAAAGCAUUGGUCAGAGUUGGCUGAUAUUAUCUUUAGCACCAUCAAGAUAUUCAGCACUUCAAAGAGAAACAGAAAGAUGAGUAUCUUUCCCUAGAGAAGCAUUUGACAGGGAGGAAGAGGGGACAUGGAACAUUCAAGAGGGUGGUAUGUGACUUGUUUUUGGACUCUGUGGGGCAGGUGUGGGGAACCUUUGCCUCCCCCCCCCCACAUUGCUAUAAGACACCUCCCAUCAUCUCUGGCCUUUGGCUGUGCUUGCUCAGGCUGAUGGGGGUUGUCACUGAGGAAAAUCUGGAAGGCCAAAAGUUUGCCACCUCCACUAUUGGGACAGAAUAAACCGAGAAUACAAAACUUCCAACUUUGAAUUAUUCCAAUCCAAACCAUUGGUUGGUCUAAACCAGUGUUGUCUACACACACAGACAGACACUGAAUGGCAGCAGCUGUCAUUGUUACCUGCAGGUUUUUAUUUGGAGAUGUUGGGAAAUGUACCUCUUGGCCUAUGAAACAUGUUCUCUGGCCCCACCCCUCUCUCUGCUGAGGGAACCUUCGUGUGCUGUGGUAUAUAUCUGAAUGUCUGGACUUGUUCAGCUGUCACACAUUGUUUAUUUGCAUAACUGCAAAUCCUGAUGAUGAUACUUUAACUGUACAUGGGCUCCCGCGCAUUCAUGUGAUGCCAUACCUGUGGUUCCCCCUCCCCAAGCCAAAGUAUUGUUUUGGUUCCCGUAGCAUGAAUGAGGAAGGGAAGAUGUUGCUGGAAUAGGGGACAAUUCAAAGGACUUGUGCGUAUCUUCUAAACCCUACACUGCUUAGGAGUGUAUAAUGUUGCUUCGUUUUUUUAAAAGGUGCUGCUCUUUAUCACAUGAGAUUUGUAUUUUAUUGUGUUAUUGUAAAUUGCCUUGGAGGCUUUGCUGAAAGGUGGUCUCUAUUAAAUAAAUAGAAAACUGGCACAUUGAUCCUAAGUGCAUUUCCUAGAUAGGGUGGCCAGAUGAAGAAGAAAAAAGCUGAUGUGCUGAAUCCUGCACCUUUAAUAGUUGUGUAGAAGAAGGGAUUUUAGCAGGUGUGAUUUGCCAUGCUAUUCUUAGGGUUGCCAUCCCAUUCAGAUCUACUGGGAAGUAAAUGCCAUUGAACUUGAUGGAGCAGGUUCUGAGUAAACGUGAGUAAAUGGGCUGCAGUUUCACCUGCAAUCAAUGAGGCUCUGUUCCAAGGAAAACUAGGCUGUUAGCAUUAGUAGGUUUUUGUUUGGGAUGACUGUGACUCAUGACAUGUGAAAGGUAUCAAGUCAAAGGACCAGUUUAGAAGCAGCCUCUCUAUCUUGAGUUCAAACUUGAGCUGUCAGAUAUAAAGAAGGACAGGACUAGACAGGAAUACACAACUAUUAAAGGGGCAGGAACCCACUACUAUCUCCUCCUCCUCCUCCCUAUUAUUAUUAUUAUUAUUAUUAUUAUUAUUAUUAUUUAGAUUCAUAUACCACCCUUCAUCACAAGAUCUCAGAGCAGUCAGUGACCUAAUUCAGAUGUCCAGAGUCAGGCUUUCUGGGUGGGUUUGCAAGCUGGCUACUGCUGUCUUGUCUGAAGUUAUAGGAGGCAGCUACUUGACUGAAGCCAAGUCGGUCCGGAUCUGAUCAGUGCCUGGUUGAGUGACUUCCUGUGAACCACUUGUGUGCUGCCGUAGACUCCAUGAUAUAAGAAAAGUGGAGUGUAAAUAUUUUCUUAUAUAAAAAAUAAAUGAGUGGCUAGUCCCCCAUGAUGGCUGCAAAAAUCUGCAUAGACAAAGGUAAAAAAGUAUAAAUUCAUGUGUCCAAAUAACAAAAAGCUGAACAGGUCACCUAAAGCAAGACGGAAAGCUGAGCCAGCAUUUAAAUUGCUGGUCUGCAAAUUUGAGUUGUGAAGCCUGGGUGUAGCCGGGCUCCCUCUGAACCUGAGGGACUUGCUGCCAUCUUCAUUCACCCUAGUGAGUCUUUGUCAUUUUCACGUGGCUGUUACCCUGUCCUGUCUCACAUUAAUUUUAAAUUGACAUGGAAUUAAGCAGACUAAACUGUAUUUUAUAUGAAAAGGGGAGAAGCGUAGAAGGGUGGGAAAACUAAUCUUUAAAUACCACUCGGGUUCAGAGUUUCCUUUCUCUUCUCUUCUGCCUGCCACAGAUAAUACGCUAGUAUGUGUCAGCCCUCCUCUAAUAUGUAGCACAAAGACGGGAAACCUGUGUGGUCUUUCAGAUGUUUUUGGACUCCAGUGCCCAUCAUCCCCAGCAAGCAUGGCCAGUGGCCAGGGAUUAUGGAUGAAGAAGUCUAAAAAAUAUGAAGGACUACAGGUUAGCCACCCCUAUAGGCAUGAGACUGUUGCAACACUGGAUUCCAUCCUAAUGGAAAGUGAAAGUUCAGACCAACAUAGAGACAGAGAUCUUAGCUGCUAUCGUUAAAGCUGAGCUGGCUUCUUUCAGAUAACUUUGCUUAAUUUCUAUUCUCUGAAUAAAUAAUUCGCUCUUUCUUAUAGAUGUCUCCAUACCACAUCACAAUAUCCUCAAAUCACUAUGUCCAUUUUUUUGAUUUAGAUGUAAAUUUGGUUCAUGGAUCAUAAAAUGUAUGGUCUUUUGAUCCAUAGGUCAUGAAUUUAUAUAGCAGCACCUGUUGACCUGGGGCAAUCUUGCAAUAGUACCCAGAGAGACCUAGUAACCCUCAUCUCCUAAAUUCAGAAUGAUCAGAAUCCUAUCAGAUACCUGGUUCUCUCUGACCUAAAAUCAGCUUUAGGUCAUAUUGAACUAAGGUUAUGUUGGCAACAAGUCAACAGUAGAAUCAUAGAAUCGUAGAGUUGGGAGGCACCACAAGUGUAAUCUAGUGCAGGAAUCUUUUUGGCCAAUGUGAGACUUGAAACCAUAACCCUGAAAUGAAGAGUCUCAUGCUGUAAUGACUGAGCCAGCCCUCAGACUAUUUUUAUUUAUUUUGAUUUCUCACCUACCCUUUAUCAGAAGGUCCCAAGGCGGGUUGCAGAAAUAAAACAUACAAUUACAAAAUGAAACAGUUGCAAGCAGAAAAGUUUAAAAACAGUUCCAUACGUCAAACCAUUUCACGUAAAAAAACAGUUAAAUAUAGUUCCAAUACAGAUGCAGACUAGGAUAAAGAAAGCCACUUGAAAGGCUUGUUUAAAGAUGAAGGUGUUCCGUAGGCACCAGAGAGACAGAGAUGGUGCCUGGCUAAUGCCCUUUGGAAUUAUGUUCCAUUACAUACCAUAUUCUAUAAUAUAGGCUGAUACCAAACAGAUCCACAUUAGCACUUGAUCACAUUAAUCCAUUUGUAUCCUCCCUUUUCUCCCUCCUCUUUUGUCAACAUUUAGAUUGGAAGCAGGAUCCUGUCUAAUUGCACACACUACUUACGAAAGAGCGAUGUACACUGAGUCUGCUCACAAAUAACAGAUAAUUGACACGGGUCCCUUUUCUACCACACUGAUUUCAUGCAGUGUUGAUCUGAGCGAAUCCAAGCUUUGGAAAACAGUUUGCAAUGUUUUGGCCUCCAUUUGACAUAGUUCCUGACACGGGUAGUUCUUGAAACUUGAUGGACGUUGAUUUGGAGAACACAGUGGGGAAGCCAUUCUGGGUAUAUAAGGCAGCGCUGGCAAAUCCACCUCCCUGCAGAUGUUGUUGUACCCCCAAUUCCCAUCAGCCCCCGCCAGCACAGCCAAUGGUCAGGGUUUAUGGGAGUUGUAGUCUAGCAACAUCGGUUAUGAAGGGGUUUCAAUAAGUUGCUGCUUGGUGGGGAAAGUGGGAAUGUAAACCUUCUGUUUCUUGUUGGCUUAGAAAGCACAACUUGGUGUCUUACGAGGAACUAUCCUGAGCAUUUGAUACUAUUAUGCUGGAGUUCAGCUGUCUGCAGAUGUUUAUGCAUAUGCAAUUAUAAGCCGCCUCUGCUUUCAAAAUAGCACACACAGCAUUGAGAAGUAUCGGCUAAUUUUGAAGUAGCAACUCUCUAGUGAGGUGAGUAAGCUUCAUUAGAAGUUGGAUGCCAGGUCUACGACAGCGCACAUCUUGGAAUGCUUCACUUAAAUUAUUGCCAUAAUAAUGAUUUGUGCCAGCAGGCAAAAUAUAAGGACUAUCUCCUGCCUUAACUCCUCUAGGAGAUGAGUUGGCAACUCCCAAAUUUGAAAGGCUUUGAAGCUUACGCUGCAGAGUUUAUGUAGAGACGGUGGUAGGCUCAGUGAACCUGAUGCAAAAUGGGGUGAGAGUUUUUAUUUUGAUCUCUGCCGCCACCCACUGAGUUGUCUGGAGCCCCUAUGCCAGUUAUUGAAGGUGUUGGAUUCUUCUGGAGUUGUGGUCGGACAAGGAUUGGUUGCUUAUGAGUAUUGUGGCUGGUUGGUAUUGCACACAUUAGGGGGCCAAGUGGAAAAAGAGGACACGGGACAGCCAAAGCUCUGUGGUAGAUCAACUGCUUUGCAUACAAAAGGUCCCAGGUCAUCCACGGCGACGCCAGGUAUGGCUGGGGAAUACUCCAUUUCUGAAAACGUGGCAAGCUGCUGUCAAUCAUUGUGUGGGCGCUAGAAGGGCCAGUCAUCUGAUUCAGCAUAAGGGCUCUGUCCUCUCUUGCCUCUGGCCAUCAUGCUGCAUCCAUUUCUACUGUCUUGACUUCAAACCCAUGUUCCUGCUGAAUCUUAUUAUGCAUUUGUGCUGCUAUUCCUUAGUCACCCGGUGAUGAUGUCAUUUCUGUGAGUCCCCUUGCAGUUCGAUCCUGUGCGCGAUUCCUCAGUUGCACAGUGCUCAGUGGGGCCUAUUCCCCAAUAAAUGGGUUUAGGAUUGUAGCCUUGGGAUUCUAGGCUGUGUACACACCAUACAUUAAGGAAUGUGCUUUAAAUGUAUGCCGUGUACACAGCCCAUCUCAAAGUAGACCCAUUAUGAUCGGUGACGCUAAGUUAAUAAUAUCCAUUAUUUUUAAUGGGUCUACUCAAAUGUCGAAUGCAGCACUUAAAGGUCUUUGGGUUGUGCUGUUCUUCUCCACCUUGUCUGCAUCUCGCUUUUGCUUUCAAGUUCAAUUAACAUGCUCUUCGGGGACAGAGAAAAGUACACAGAAAUAUGCAAAUGCCCUGUUGCAAACCAUCUCUCAAGCUGUGUUGAGGCCAGCAGUCCCAUUGAAUUCUAUGGAGCUAACUUGGGUUUCAGUUACAGUGCUUCAUUGCACAGAGGGUUGCUGAUGUGUGUACUAAAUUGGCAAGUUAAGGUAAACAGAUGUUUAUAUUUCAGAGUAAUCCCUUUUCUCUCCUAGCUGUUUGCAGCCUCCUUCCUCAAACAUAAGAAGAGUGGAAAGAAGCUGCCCUCCAAAAGAGAGCAGGAGAUUGAUCACAGGCCCAUAGACCUAUUUAAAUAUCCUAACAUAGGGUUGCCAUAUUUCAAGAGGCAAAAAUCUGGACACAAAAGGUUGUUGAGUUUUUUUAGGGCAACUGCCAGAGCCUGAACCACAGCCACCCGCAUACACACAAAUUUUAAAGUCCAAGAUCCAGUACAUUUGCUUUCAAAUGUAAAAUUGCCCCUGGAUUAUAGGACUGCCAAAAGAGGACAUGUCCAGGAAUUCCCAGACGUAUGGCAACCCUAUCCUAACAUACACCUCUUAUUUGUCUUUAGUUUCCUAAUCCUGAGAAGUAUAACACCAAGGGCACUCGCUUGCUACAAACCUUUCAGGCUGCUGUGCGCUUCUAAGCCUUUCCAAUGAAUGGCUUUAUUAAUUGUUAUUCUGUUUACUAGUUAGUUGUAUGCCAUCUACCCAUCUGUUCUUUAUGUUCCAGCGAGGUGAGGAGAGCAGUACUUCCCCCUAGUCCUCCUCCCCCUUCCACCUACUCUGCUUGCUUCAUGGAAUGUGGUUGCACAAGUGUCAUGGAGACUUGUUGGACAUUCCCUAUGAUGCAAUUAGUGAUGUCUGGCACAAAUCACUGCCCCCCUCUCCGUCACACACACAGUGGCCUGCAGCACUCCGUGAACUUCCUUAAAGAUAAAUUCUCUCAAGUUCAUGAAAGGGUGAGACAAUAUAUAUGGGGUGGGGAUAGCUGCACUUCUGUUAAAUGAGAGGGAAAAUGCAGGUUUAAACAGCAGCAGAGGUUUGAGUAAAGUAGGCGGUGUUAGAAAUGCAGGUUUAUAAACUACCAGUAGGUGCCAAAUAACUCCUUAAACCAAGGUAUCAAUCACCAAAACGUAAUAUCUGUUUGCCAUUUUGGGGCAAGACGGCUCUAAAGUCUUAUUUUUCAAAUGAUGGGCUGACUGUGAUUGAUUCUUAGUUAAACAUCUGGCUAGUUCAGAUGACAACCUUGAGCUAGGUUAAGAGCUUUGAGAAGUUAAGGAAAAGUUGUUCGAUCCAAGGACAGUCCCAUAUGUAUUGGCCUAUUAUGACCACUUCUUAAUGGUGAUUGUUCCUGCUCUGCUCAGGCUGCAGAGAAAAAGCAAUUCGGUUCCAGAAAUUCAUUCCAAUUGUGUGGAUAAAAUAUAAUGGAUAGCAUUCUACAGGAUGGGGUAUUAGUGUGUGAAAACAGUCCAGAGCCAAUGAUUCCCAGGCAUGCACCUCCAGAUGAUUGCAAAACAGAGUGAUGAUCAGUUGGGAAUGUAAGGGGUAGACCGUCUUUUAGCUUUCCUAGUUCCCAGCUUCAAGCUGAAUAGGGCUUUGUAUAUCAGUGCCAGCACCUUGCACCUACUUUGGUGGCUAAUUGAGAGCUAGUGCAAUUCUUUCAGCAGUGAUGUAACAUGACGUUGAUAUUCCACCCCUGUGAGCUGUUAAGCCACCAUACUUUGUACUAGCUGCAACUUUAAGCAACAUUAUAAUCUGCACAUUGAACUACAUUAUAAAGAUAUCUGAGCCUGGCAUUUCCUUUUCCACCCUUCCCUCUCCUUUGUGCUGGAGCACACAUUUAUUUACACUUUAAAAUUGGGGGGGGGGGGGGCAGAAGGUUGCAGUGAGGAUAGCCCAGCCCCUGCAAGAAGCUUCCUCUGCUGCAAGGCUUCUUCUCAUCCUUACCCACUGGGAUACAAUGUGGUGCUACUAUAAUACAGGAGUAUUUCACAGAGGUUGAAAUGUGGUUGUGGUCGGCAUUCCUUAGUUGUACAGAAAAGCCCUGACUCUUUCUAGUAUUAUAGAACUAUUUUUUAAAAAAAUUAAAAACCUUAGCAUCUGUGUAGCGUAUGGAACAUGCACUAAUUUUCACGAAAACUCUAGGGUAGAUCAGUGUCGUCAUCCCCAUACUGCAGAUUGAGGUGGGGAACAUGCCUGACAGCACAAAUUUUACAAAUGUACAAGGAAGCCAAUUCCACUGUGUCCAGUGGAGCUUACUCUCUGGUACAUGAAUUGAGAAUUUCAGCUUGAAAGAUAUUGUCUUACCUAUGGCCACCUAGAAAGUUCAGGGGAGAGAAUCAAGCAAAGGCUAGUGUCAGGGUCCGCACGGACGGGGGGCUUCCAAGAUCCACUCCUCACCCCAUUGUGUGUUGUCUUUCCCUCCCCCUCAGCGACCACUCUUUUUCUGACAAGUGAGCAGAUUGUGACAGUGGCAGGGGAGAACAGGUGGUCCCAUUGGUGGAUAAAGGCCCAUGGAGGAUGUUUUGCCCAAGCUGUCCAAAAUCUGGACACAGCACUGAUUGUGAACAGAGGACUUCCUCAUUCAGAGUUUGAUUUCAACGCCUCACUAGCCAACCACCCCUUGCUUUAGCUCUCGUUUCCAGUCUCCUUUCUUCCUUCUUUUCUUCCCAGUGUGUGGGGUGGGGAGGCUGAACACAUGAUUCAUUUUGUGUCCUCUGUUCCCUGUUGAUUCUGGAAGUAUACCUUGGCUGCACCUGACGUGCACUGGAGCACCUGGCUUUCCUGUACCAAAGGCGUCUCCAAUGUGAUACCUUCCAAAUAUUCCUGGAUUCCCAACUCCCAUGUUUCCUGGCCAUUGGCUGUGCUGAUGGGCAUCGACGUCCAAAACACCAUGGGUGGAGGCUGCACACGCCAGUUUGGGAAAGGUUGGCUUACCGUGCCAUUUCCUCUGGCACGUACAGUGCGCCCAUACCUCUGAGUAUAAGCCCAGAAUCAAAGCCAGGGACUCUCUCUCUGUAUUGCAGUGCUUUGAGUGUUUUGUGCUGCUUCUUCUUCCAGAACAUCUUGACUCCUCUGCUGUCAUUGGCUGGGGAAUCUCAUCCGUCUCCCAUCUGCGCAAACCCUGACACACCACAUCUUCUCGUGUUUUCCUUUACCUGUCCUGGUUUACCUUGUGGCUUGUCCGUCAGCCCUGCUUUGUGCACAGGGGGGGGCGGGGGGGGGCUUGCAUGCCUGGCUACUUUGCAGCAGUCUGCUUCAACCUUCGGUACUGGUGGACUGCACCGUGGAGAGGGCAACAUGGAUGGCCUUAGCAACCUGUUUCUGCUGAUUCACAGUGAGCCGGCUUUUCUCCCGCCCACGUUCCUGCUGUCUCUGACCUAUCAGUCCUCCUCAAAGGACUCUCCCUCCCUCUCUCUCUUGUUUAUUUAGAUGGAUAGCCAAGCCCGUCUGAAGGGCUUGGGGCAGAUAAUGAUUAAAAAAAAGAAUCAGGUUGGCUAAAGAAGAAGAAAAUACCAUUCCUCUUCUGUCUUAAUUAACUGUGCAAGUUGAGCCCAAAGAGGACUUUUGACACUUCUGCAAGAUUCUCCAUCUAGAGGGGUUGAAGGAGUCAAGUUCCUGUGGGACAGCCACCAAAAAAACUCCUCUCUGUGUGCAAAGAUGGUAUUGUUGUUAAAAGUGUGUCCUGAGUUUCAGAUGGGAUGUUGGGGAGGAGACUGACUGUAUGCUUCUUUGGGGCUUGUUCAUAAUUCUAAGACUACAUUCACAGACAAAUGUUGGUUUGUUUCCUUCUAAAACCACUGUGUUAGCAGCACCCAAUUGGGGUGCAAGCCUGGGCAGUGUGUAUGGAGGUCCUAAAUGGUGGAUUUAUUUAUUUAUUCACUUAUACCCCAAUUUUGCACCAGCCAAGAUGAGGUUUCAAAGCGACUUAAAAUUGAAUUCGCCCACAAAUGGGUAAUAGAAAUAUUAGAAGUAACUUUACAUGCAGAUGGGCGUUCUCAAACUUUGUCUUAGUGACAUUCCCUGCUCCAGGGUAAGAAAGGUCCUGGAUGAGGCAAAUAGAAGGCUGAGCUUUCAUUAUUAACUCUUGCUGAGCUUUCAGUGUUAACCCUUUCCUUUACCAAAGCAGCAAGAUGUUCAGAGGGGAUACAUUACAUGCAUUUAGAUAGCGGAGGGGAAAAGCUUUGCAAAAAUGGGAUGGUUCAUCCCCAGCGCUGACAAUCAACACAACGAUUGAUACACUCUGAUUUGGGCUAACCACUGAACACAUCACCAAAAAUAGUGAGCACAUGUCCGUGUAAAAAAUUUCCAUGUGCUCUUUGAAAUGGGUAGGUGCAAAUUUAGAAAUAAGUGGUGUAAUUUAAAUAGAAAUUUUAAAAAAUGUACUUUGCUGUAGUGGGGAAGACUGUUACUGAGGCAACCUGUGUGCCUGCUCAGUCUACAGUCCAGGUGCUGCCAACUGUUGAGGGGGAACUUUCAAGGUCCCUGCUCUGUUGCUCUCCUUUUCAUAGCUUCAUAGAGUUGGAAGGGACCGCGGGGUCAUCUAGUCCAACCCCCUGCAAUGCAGGAAUCUUUUGCCCAGUGGGGCUUCAGCCUAUGGCCCUGAGAUUAAGAGUCUUGCGCUCUACUGACGGAGCUAUCUAGUGUUCUUUAUCGUUUAAACUGGACUUGGGCCAGGCAGCCCUUGAAAGAAAGCACUGUCCUCUCUAAAGUAGGGCACAUGGCCACCCUGAUCACGUUUUUUUGUGGGAGGGAAACCCUGGGGUGCCUUGCUAACUAUUUCUGUGGCCUGCUUGCCAGUUAAAAUUGCUCAAUCAGGAGCAGUGAAUCCAGAGGAUUAAAGAAAAUGCACCUAAGCUAUAGAUUGCCUCCCAAGAGAGGUCCACUUGGCUCUGUGGCGCUUGGCCUUCUGUGGAGUGGCAAAAAGUUGAUUUAUUUUGGCAGGGUUGUGCUUAAAAUGGGAGUGGGGUUUUCCUGUAUGUCCUUCCUUGUUCAUUUUAUAGAGCGAGGCCCCGAUGGGUCCUGGAAAGGAAGACUCCAAAGCAAACUGCCAAAUCUAAAGGCCUGCUACAUUGGUGUAGCCAAGGGGGGGCAACCGCCCCCUAAAUAAAAAUAGGUACCAAACUGACGUUCUGCCCCCCCCCCCCAACAAAAUUCCUGGCUACGCUCAUGGCCUGCUGGGCUGUUGUUAGUGGGGUGGGUUUCAUUCAGUUUUUUUCAGGUCCCCCUCCUCCACUUCAGUUUUCUUCCUGGUGGAAUGAGAGGGCUUUGGAUGCAGCAGGACUCCUUCUCCAUUGGUGGAAAGGAAAACCUGGUUUUCCUUUUAGCCUGUGGGACAUUCUUCUCAGAACAACAGGAUUGCAUCCUGAUUUUCCGUUGUUGGUACAGUGGUACCUCGGGUUACAGACGCUUCAGGUUUCAGACUUCGCUAACCCAGAAAUAGUACCUCAGGUUAAGAACUUUGCUUCAGGAUGAGAACAGAAAUUGCGCGGCGGUAGCAGGAGGCCCCACUAGCUAAAGUGUUACCUCAGGUUAAGAACAGUUUCAGGUUAAGAACGGACCUCCAGAACAAAUUAAGUCCUUAACUCGAGGUACCACUGUACUCUCUUAUUUUUGCUGUGAACAGCUUUGAGAGACCCUGGGCUGGAAGGCAUGGUAAAGAUGCCUUUUGAUUUCUCUUACAGCUGUACUCCCAGUGGAACUACUUCAACACAAAGAUAUAAUCAUAGAUAAAUGGAAUUGUAGAGUUGAAAGUGACUCUAGUCCAGGGUUUCCCAAACUUGGGUCUCCUGUUGUUGUUGGACUACAACUCUCAUCAUCCCUAGCCAGCAGGACCAGUAGUCAGGGAUGAUGGGAAUUGUAGUCCAAAAACACCUGGGGACCCAAGUUUGGGAAACCCUGAUCUAGUCCAGCCUCCUACAAUGCAGGAAUCUCUACUAUAGCAUCCGUGACAGAAAGCCAUCCAACCUCUGCUUAAAGACCUCCGAUGAAGGAGAGUCCACCACCUUCUGAGGGAGUCUGUUCCACGGUUGAACAGCUCUUACCAUCAGAAAGUUAUUUCUGAUGUUUAGUUGGAUUCUCCUUUCUUGUAACUUGAAUUCAUUGGUUUGGGGCCUACACUCUGGAGCAGGAGAAAAAUAGCUUGCUGCAUCUUAGUGUGAUGUUUUGCCUCUACAGGUUGCUACUGAGUGGUGCAGAUCCAUAGUCUUGUUUUUGUUUUCUUUUAAGGUGUGUUGUGGCCUGGUUUGCAUGUAGUGUUAAGCCACAAGUUUCCCCACAAACAAACAAACAAACCAGCCUCCUUUGUAGUUUGGCAAGUGUCUGGGGUGAGAUGGUGAAACGAACCCUAGUUAGGGAAGGGUGCUGGUUUCACACCUAACCCCAUCCUAUAGUUAAAACAAACCCAAGGUUCGUAAUGUAUGUGGGAUGUAUGUAUACGUACUGGAGAGGAUAGCUGUAUUUAACAAAGGAAAUUAAGUAAGAGGCUUGCAGAAUGCCUGGGACUCAUAGGAAGGAAGGAUAUUCUUCAGUGUGCAUGCAGCUGGCUGGCACAAGAAGGGGAAUGUUCAGCCCCUAAAGCGUUAAAGAUGAAAAAUAUUUAAAGUAUGACAUUAGCAAGGGAGUUGUGUCACGGGGCACAAGCACCGUCCAGAAAAGGGGAAAGGUGCCUGGGACUCCAGCAACAAAUGAGUUACAAUGUGCGAUGGUUAGAUGAAAUGAUUGCCCAAGAAGGUCUUUAUAGAGUCACUUCUUUUUCGAUAUGCUUUUUUGAACCAGCAGCAUAAUCGGGCCUAUUUAGUUAUACCUGGAUAGCUUCGUGCCUGCUGCGUGCUGGGGAUACAGGCAGGAAAUGUAUUAGCUCAUGGUUCCCCUCUGCCUCCCAUCUUGAAUGUCAUUUGACUGUACAGACAGGUACUGUUUGUCCUCCCAUGGAAACACGGCUGCCCUGAGGGUUGAAAAUGGUGACUGACUAAGCUGCGGCAACAGAAGCCAAACAAAACGAGUGUAUUUUCUGCUCACUGAGCUGAAGCUGCUGAGUGCAUGUGUGGCUAGGUUUCUAUUCCUAGAAGAAACUCUGGCCUGGUUCUGGAGGGGCAUUGUGGGCCACUUCUGCCUUCCUCAAACAGGCAGUCCUGUUUGUUCUCCAAGACUUGGGAACCUGUUGUUUCUCUAGCUGCUGGGCCUGUGCCCAUCGCCGUUGCAUCUGUCCCCAGUCUCCUGUCUAGGCAUGUCUCAGUAUGAGCAAAACAAACAGACUUGAGUAACUUUUUCCCUCCUCUACCUCCUCCUCUCAUUCUAAGGGGAAUAUACAUCUGGCCGUUUCUCUGGCCAGGGAUCUUCCACAAAUUCAUUUGGGCCCUAACCGUGUGUGUUUGUGUCUGUUUUGUGUGGUGAACAUGACUCUUAGGAAAAUUACUGCGGAUUUGAAAGAAUGCCACGCCUGAACUUCUGCCUCAGGUUUCAUUCCUGGGGCUUUGAUGCUCCUGUGAGGGAAUGUGUAUAAAAAUCCUGCAAAAAUAAAUUGCUGACCUCAGGUGCUGAAGCUGACAUGACUAAAUUUGACCUGACUGAAUUUGCCCUUUCUUUGGGAUCAAGGAAGUAUAGCUCCCAUCAAGUUUUAGAAACAGAGGCAAGGCGGAUCUUACUUUGUGCUUUUCUCUUUCCACACAAACACUCAAAUUAUGCGCUUAGAAUAAAUUCAGGCUUCAUUGGUCUGUUUCUGGAGUCCCCUUCCCUUUUAGAAGGGAAUCAACAGUACUCAGCCAGCAUGUUGGAAAUUGCUUGAUUUUCAUAGGCUUCUGGGGCAGUAGGAUAAAUGGGAAUUUUUGUGUGGUGCCUGUUUGGAUCUAAUUGACCCUAUCCCCAAAGGCUCAAAAUGCAUGACAGUUAAAAAAGAAAAUAGCCUGCUCUUAAAUGAAGCCCUUGCUGAUCUCUAGCACCUUUUAAGAAAAAUGCUUUUAUUCUCUCCUCUUCAAAAAAAAGUUCAGGGCCAUGGGCAUGGUUUCCUUCCAUUUACCUUCCCAGCAACCCUGUGAGGUAGGUUAGGCUAAAAUAGUAACUGGCCCUAGGUGAGCAAGGGCUAAGCAAAGAUUAUGAACUCUGGCUUCCCCAGUCCAGCAUUUGUACAUAGCAAGGUUUGGGCUCACAUGCCUGAUGGGGAUAGCUUUCCAGUCUUCUGCAUUGAGAAUGGGAAACCUGUAGCCCCACAGAUGCUUUGAACAGACACCUUGUACCCGCAGAUAGCUGCUGGUGGUGUGGUACCUCGGGGCUGUGCUGAAACGUAUGAUCUGGCCAUGCCCUAUAAUGGCGCUGAUUUGGAUGGAAGUUGUUGUCAGUAUAAACUUGGACCUGGAAAAUCCCUAAAAUUCUCAGGUGCCCAUGCUACACUCAGUUAUAUUCCAACAUUAUGCGCCUUGACAGAAGGGCAGUGUAGUUGGACUUUGCACGUCCUAUCGGUGGCCAAAAGGCUAGUUAGUGUUGCAAUGCUGGGAGGGAAUUGCAUUUCCUCCCCUGAUUGCCCAGUGGUUGGAAGACUUACCGUAUCUGCUCUUGCAGCAUAUGCGAAAGCUACCCUCAGCAAGUGGCGCAAAGAGGAAUAAACCCUCUGGCAUUUGGGGUCUGUAUUGCUGCAGCCUGUUCCUCGCCCACCAAACUCCCUUUUAGUUUUGCUCUGGUGGCAUUAACUUGUACUUGUAUGAUACUGCAGUACAAAUUGCUAUUAUCCUUUUAUUGUUUCUCUUGGUUGAUUGUCUUGUUAAGGGGAAACAAGAACCAAUAAAAUAUUAACAGGUGUUUUUGUUUUGCUCUUAAGGGUGGAUAGAUCCAGCCAAUGGGCACUGCUGAGGGAGCUGGGUCAGAAAAUAAUAAUAAUAAUAAUAAUAAUAAUAAUAAUAAUAAUAGGGUCCAGAACAGACAGCAGCAGCGGGGCCUUGCCAGGGUUGUCAUGAUAGCUGGUGAAGGGUGCCAACUGCCCUUUCUGCUGCAGAACCUUUUAACAAGAAAUUCUUCAGGCUACCAGUGUCAACGCAAAGGCGUCUGCCAAUGGAUAUAACGGAGAUAGUCCUUUUCCCUAGUGAAACAGCUGGUCCCAAAAUUGCACAGACACCUGAUUGCAGGCAGAGCUGCUUAAUGCCUGAUCCCCUAAGGAGAGCAGAUCUGUAUGCAUCUGCACUUGGGGGAUGUGGGGAUUCUUGCUUAUUAGGCACCGGCCGCCAAGCGGCCUGAAUACCUCUGCUGUGCACGUAAAAAGAGAUUGUGUCGAUUCUCUCUCCCUGGUGGCUUUCUAGGCACUGUGGCAUGUCAGAGACACACCCGCCAGCUGGCUCCCCACCGUUCUGUUUCCUCCCUCUCAGGAAAUGUUUGCCCUUGUGCAGUUUCCGGUAGUUGCAGGACAUGCCCAGUGUAGAGACGCUAUUGCGGUGUGUGUGUGUGUGUGUGUGUGUGUGUGUGUGUCUAGCUUUUCGGGUGGGUAGGUAGGUGGGCUAGUGUGUGAGAGCAUCAGAAAACCAGAACAGAUUUUUUAAACGUAUACACACACACACCCAGCACCAACAAGCAUGACUCAUUCUGGCACUGGGUCGGCGAUCUGGUAUCUCUCCUUUGCUCUACUGGACCAAAGAAUUGUGGAACAUUAGAAGAAUCCUUCCACCCACCCACAAGGAAGGUUUUCUUAGGGAAGAAUCCAAGUGUCUGUUCUGUGCCUGUCCAUUUGGCACGACGGCUAGUGGAGGAUGGGGUUGGGAGACCCAAGCAGGGCAAAAAGGAAGGGGUACGUUUGUGUGGCAGAUGUUGCCUCUCUCCACCCCCACCCCACCCCCCAGAGAGCACAAAAUGCAGAGGUGGAUAGAGAUCACAGGCUUAUUUUUAUUUUAUUUUUCUGUUCUGCUCAAUUACAGACUCUUUUCCCGGGGAUCGGUGGGAGCGCGACGUAAAAUGUCAUCUGACAGCUUGUCGAGCAAAGCCCUAAAGGUAAGAGUCACUCUUCACCAAAACGCAAUCUUCUCCCAGCCCUUGUUUUCAUAGAUCUCUAGAUCAGGACAAAGUCAGACCUGGAUGGGAGGGUCUGAUGGGAGAGAGUCUGAUCCAUCCCAUAACUGUGGGCCAGUGUGGGAGAAUGGUCAUUAUGCAGGUGAGCAACUGUCCAUAUGUUUAAAUGGAAAACCUGGCCCCAUUUGGAACAAUUCAGAAAUAAGCAAAAGCACCUUUGCCCAUCAUUUCUGCUGUGUAUUUUCUGUAGCUUUCCCCCACCUCCUCCUUUACUCUCGCCUGCCUUCCACUUUCCCUCUUUUCUCUGGGCCCUCCAUUUCUUAUUUCACAACUCUGCUUCCUCCCUCUAUUAUUGCCCACUUUUUCCUGUCCUAUUCCCCGAAUGUUCGGAGCCAGUAAAUAUACGUGCAGAAGUUAGUGUGUGGAAUUAGACUUUCUCCCCUCCCACCAGCAAACAGGCACAGGAGGAUCCUGAGAAUCUGGACUUCCUUAAGCUUUUUGAGAAACGUGAGUUUCUAAUCCUCAUGGUGGGCAAAAAUAUGUUUUGGAAAGUGGCAGCAGACAGUGUCUGCAAAAGAUUCCAGUCUGGGUGGAGCCGAAAGGGGAAGGAUAUUCUGUGCUCUUCCUCUGGUACUUUUCCUCUGAGGGUGGAUCGCACUACAUUUUGUUUUGUUCAACGUGAUCUGCCUUUUACUACCAGGAUUAGUUUGUGCCGCAUGUGCUCACUUUGCCUGUUGUAUCGGAGUCUCUCCAGGCCUAAUCCGUAUUUUCUUUCUUGGUAACAUCUGUCUGAUGUGACACCUUGGCCCCAUGUUCCUUAAACCAUGCCAGGGCCUUCCCCACCCCAGCCCCAUAUAUAGAGUUAAAGGGCUUCCCCUUGCACACAACUUGACCCAAGUUGUACAAGAAGUUAGCUUAGGAACAGGAAGGAAAAGGAAUGUCUUAACUGGAAAUUAUAACACUUGUUUUCCCACUUGCUGGGACUAUAAUGGAAGGGGAAGCUGAGCAAGCCGGUUUCCUGAGAGAUUUCUCGCAAAACAGCCUGUAGGGGUGUGUGGUAGGUGAGCACACCCGUGAUGUUUGAGGAAACGAAACAAUAAUAAUAAAGCAGUGUUGAGCAAUUGGUGUUAUUUGUCAAGAGGCCUUGAGGUUGAGCAGGUAUUGAAAAUAGAGACACCUGAUUCCUUAUCUUGUCCAGGAGUCCCUUCCUAAUGCUAGCCAUCAGCGGCCUGAAUUUUACUGCUUCUUGUUUUGGUACACCACUUCUCUAUUCAAAACAACACUACUAUAAAUCUUUUUUUGGUUCACUGUAAUUGCCUUGAGGUUUCGUGUGGUUUCAAGGGGUGCGGAACUGAAGCUUGUAGGUUAAGGCAGCCAGGAAGUGGGGGGGCACUCUACAAGGUGACGUUCCUGUUUUAAUUGUCUCACACCUCAAAGUGUGCUGGAUAUCAGAUUAUUGAAAGCCUAUGCUACACCUGUUGCACCAGUUACUGAUUUGUUAUGCUAAUCAUUUCAAAGUCACUGAGUUGAAUCCAGACUAAGUUAGUCAUACUUUCAAUCUCAUUGACUAGUCCCGCUGAAAGCAAUGGGAUAAAUUAGUCACGAGUCACUUGUAAGUCCUAUGGACUUUGCUGGAACUAAAGCAUAGAUGUGCAGGGUCAGAUCCGAACCAAGUUCAGUACUUCUAGUUAAUUAUAAAAACACACCCACAUUUUAGACAUAAUUUGUGAGCACUCUUGAAUAUCUGUUGGAAGUACAGUGGUACAGACGCAUCAGGUUACAGACGCUCCAGGUUACAGAUACCACUAACCCAGAAAUAGUAAUAGUAAUAAUAAUAAUAACAAUAAAUUUUAUUUAUAUCCCGCCCUCCCCAGCCGAAGCCGGGCUCAGGGCGGCUAACAACAAUCAAAUAAUUAAACAAUCAAAUAAUCCAACAUUCUAAAAACAUUUCAUUAUAAAAGUUAAUUAAAAUCAAAUUAAUUGCAACCGUUAAGCAAAAUUCUGUGCAGGUUGCCAGAGGAGGGAGUCAGGCUGCGCCCUGACCAAAGGCCUGGUGGAACAACUCUGUCUUGCAGGCCCUGCGGAAAGAUGUCAGGUCCUGCAGGGCCCUAGUCUCUUGUGACAGAGCGUUCCACCAGAUUGGAGCUGCAGCCGAGAAAGCCCUGGCUCUUGUUGAGGCCAGCCUAACCUCUCUGAGGCCUGGGACCUUCAGGAUGUUUUUAUUUGCAGACCGUAGGUUCCUCUGUGGGGCAUACCAGGAGAGGCGGUCCCGUAGGUACAAGGGUCCUAGGCCGUAUAGGGCUUUAAAGGUUAAAACCAGCACCUUAAACCUGAUCCUGUACUCCACCGGGAGCCAGUGCAGCUGGUAUAGUACCAGAUGAAUGUGAUCUCACAGCGAAGACCCCAUAAGGAGUCUCGCCGCGGCAUUCUGCACCCGCUGGAGUUUCUGGGUCAGUCUCAAGGGCAACCCCACGUAGAGCGAGUUACAAUAAUCCAGUCUGGAGGUGACCGUCGCGUGGAUCACAGUGGCUAGGUCAGGGUGAGAGAGAUAAGGGGCCAACUGCUUAGCUUGGCGGAGAUGAAAAAAUGCCGCCUUUGUUAUAGCUGUAAUCUGCGCCUCCAUAGAGAGGGAGGUAUCAAAGAUUACACCCAAACUCUUAACGGACUGUGCUGGCACUAAUUGCACCCCCGCAAGAGAUGGGAGUUGCCCCCCAAAUCCCAUAUCGUCCCGUCCCAGCCAGAGGACCUCUGUCUUCGAAGGAUUUAACUUCAACCGGCUUCCACGUAACCAUCCAGCCACAGCUUCCAAACAUCUGGUCAGUGUGUCUGGGGCUGUCAGGAUUGCCAUCCAUAAACAGAUAAAGUUGGGUGUCAUCGGCAUACUGAUGGCAACCCAGCCCAAAACUCCAGACAAGCUGGGCGAGGGGGCGCAUAAAGAUGUUAAAAAGCAUCGGGGAGAGUAUCGCACCCUGAGGCACUCCACACACCAAGGAGUGGCGCGAUGACAAUUCCCCCCCAAGCGCCACCCUCUGUCCCCGACCGGAGAGAAACGAGCGCAGCCAUUGAAGGACUGUGCCCUGGAUCCCCACGUCAGCAAGGCGGUGGUCCAAGAGUUCGUGAUCGACCAUGUCGAAGGCUGCUGACAGGUCUAGAAGAAUCAGCAGCCCCGACCCGCCUCAAUCCAGCUGCCUUGGGUUAAGUACCUUGGGUUAAGAACUUUGCUUCAGGAUGAGAACAGAAAUCACACGGCGGCAGCAGAAGGCCCCAUUAGCUAAAGUGGUAGCUCAGGUUAAGAACAGUUUCAGGUUAAGAAUGGACCUCCAGAACGAAUUAAGUUUUCAACCUGAGGUACCACUGUAUGUGUAAAUUACCACAGAGCUGUGGAACCUGUGGUCCUGUCGAGGUCUGGUAGUUAAAAAUGACACCUCCCAUCAUCCCUGAUCAUUGGCCAUUCUGCUCGGUGCUGAUGGGAGCUGUAGUCCAACAACAUCUGGAGGGCCACAGGUUCGACAUCCCCAAAUAAACAUAAUGUAUGCAUUUUAUAAUGUGCAUCACGACUGUCAGAGCACUUGGGUUUCCUCAGUGCAGAACGUUACCAGACCUGCUCAGCUUCCUCCUAGGCUUUUUGCCUUUUUGAGCUGCUCUCCCUCACCUCACGUCCCCUUUUCCUGAGCUUUUCUGGUGCUCGAUACUCACCUGCUCCUUCUGCUCACCGACAGAUCAAACGGGAAAUGGGCGAGAACACGCCACACCUUUCCGACGAAGAACUAAUGGGUUUGUCGGUGCGAGAACUGAACCACCACCUACGGGGCCUGUCCAAGGAGGAGGUAGCGCGGCUGAAGCAGCGCCGGCGCACGCUGAAGAACCGUGGCUACGCGGCCAGCUGCCGGGUCAAGCGGGUGUGUCAGAAGGAGGAGCUGCAGAAGCAGAAGACGGAGCUGGAGAGGGAGGUGGAUAAGCUAGCGAGGGAGAACGCCGCCAUGCGCCUUGAGCUCGACGCCUUGCGCGGCAAAUACGAGGCGCUGCAGGGCUUCGCCCGCACGGUCACCGCACACGGCACGACUGGCAAGGUGGCCACUGCCAGCGUCAUCACCAUCGUCAAAUCUGGCUCCAACCAGGCCACAUACUCCUAG